CAAAAGCAUUCCAGCAAACAAGCAAUCCAGCUCUCAUCAGCGCACACGCACAGGAAGAAGUAGAAGCUCUAAGGAAGCUCCAAAGAAGGCUCCUUCACAGCUACAAAGCAAGCUCCAAAGGCAGCUUCAUAGAUUUGUGAGAAGCAAACCUCCGAAGAGCUUUCAGUGAUACACAACCUAAGGAAGCCUAUCUUGUCCAAGAGACAAAGCCGCGCAGGUUUCUUAGAGGCGCAUUGAACGUACGCCAUAUCCCUUGAACAGAGGAUCCCAAGAGAAGAACAAGGCAAUCACACAACAUAAAAGGAAACAUGGCUAGUGUAGAGGACAUGGUAUUCAGGAUGGCCGCUGUGCAGCUGAUGACUGAUGAGGAGGUGCAGGCGGUCCCGCAGGCGUAUGAGGACGGGGAGGCAGGCUUUGGGGCGCUCAAGUCGGAGAGGGGGCUCUUCCCCCUGCGGUCUAUCAAGGUCGCCGCCAAGGUCUCGUCCCUCUCCAGCCACAUCACCCUGGAGCAGACUUUCCUGAACGCCUUCGACGCUCCCUUGGAGGCGACCUACAUCUUCCCCCUCCCCAGCCGGGCAGCAGUGACGUCAUUCCGGCUGGAGGUUAGGGACCGGGUUGUGGAGGGGGUUACCAAGGAGAGGGAGGAGGCCCGGCAAGGGUACACACAAGCGAUUGCGCAGGGUCACCGCGCUGCCAUUGCUGAGGAGGAACGGUCUGGGGUGAUCACCAUCCGCGUCGGCAACAUCGGCGCGGGCGAAGUCGCGGCGGUGCGCCUCACGAUGGCCGCGCCUCUCCCCUUCACCGACGGCGAAGCGACGUUCCGCUUUCCGCUUCUUGUAGCGCCCCGGUACAUUCCGGGCGUGAAGUUGGGCGGAACGGACGUUGGCAGCGGAACGGCUGAGGACACGGACAUGACGCCGGACGCUUCGAGAAUCAGCCCCCCGACGAUGGUUACCCUGCCGGGUUUUCCGGACCCUGUUCAACUGAGCAUUGAGGUUGAGUUCGACGCCGCCUCGCUUCCGGUCUCCAACGUCCGCUCUAGCUUGCACACCGUCACGCUCACCGAUGUCGAAGCGGACGGCCAGCAGGGUGCCACGUCACCCUCUGUCGCCAUCCGACGGCUCAAACUGGACCCCGAGGGAGACCGCCGUCUGAACCGAGACUUCAUCCUCCGUUUCAACGUCACGACUCCGUCACUGAUGACGGCAUCGCUGGUGCUGUCAGACGACCAGGGCGGCGAGUCCCAGGAAGGCACGUGGCAGCUGACUCUGAUCGCGCCGCAGGGGGGUGCAAGUGGCGGGGCAACGACCCCCCGGGAUGUGGCUUUCGUGCUCGACAGGUCGGGGUCAAUGAGCGGCUGGAAGAUGGUAGCAGCUAGGAGCGCCACCGCGCGUGUGGUUGACACUCUGACCGACGCCGACCGCUUCACGCUCCUCGCCUUCGACAAUUCCAUUGAGACCCCCCCGGGGCAUUCGAUUCACUCUCUGGUCGCCGCAACAGACUACAACCGCCAGUCUGUGGUCAACUAUCUGUCGAAGCUGGAGGCCCGGGGGGGGACCGAGAUGGCCGGGCCUUUGGAGCGCGCGGCCGACGCGCUCCAGGCACCGCGGGUUCAGGGUUCCGGAGGGUUUUGGCCGCCACGUGGCGCGGAGGCCGCGGCGGUUAGGGACCGGGUUUUGGUGCUGGUUACGGACGGGCAGGUUGGGGACGAGGACUGGAUCAUGGGAGAGCUGGCGCCAAAAUUACAGGGCGUUCGCAUCUUCACCCUGGGCAUCGACCAGUCCGUCAACGAGGGCUUCCUCACUCGCUUCGCCGCCCUUACUCCGGGGGGCGCCUGCGAGCUCGUCGAAAGCCAGGGCCGCCUCGAAAACGCUAUGGACCGCAUCCACCGGCUUAUCGCCACCCCCGCGCUUAUCGACGUCCAGAUUGACGGCCCCCGAGGCUCCGGAAUCGAGCCCAUGCUUGACGCUACGUCGCCCGCGAAACUGGGGGCGGUCUUCACCGGCAUACCGGCAGUUGUCAGCGCAAACCCUGAACCCAGCGCUGGGCGCGCUCUGGGCGCGCGCGCGCUCAUCCGCGAGCUCGACGACCGCUACACGAUCGCGGCCGCGCCCCGCUACACCAGCUACGGCGUCAAGGACUCAAACCCCGAGAAACCCGACGAGCUGCGCGCGCGCAUCCUGGCGCUGUCGCUGCGCUUCAGCGUCCUCUGCCGCUUCAGCGCGUUCGUGGCCGCGGAUCGCGCGGAGAAGGUCGAAUCGGACGGCGCUCCGUUGACGCAAGUGACGCAGCCAGUGGAGGCCCCCGGGGGUUGGAAGCUGGGCGCUAUGGGCGGAAGGGGCGGAAGGGGCGGAAUGCCCGGAGCGGCCCCCCAGGCGAGCUGCGGGGCGUCGAGGGGACUCGCCAAAAAGGAGAGAGGCAGCAUCCGCAUUACGCGCCAGACUGCACGGCCCCAAGGAGGGUUGAAGGGAUUGAGCCCGGGAGUCGUCCCGACAAGCGCGCCGUUUUACACCGGGGAAGGAAUGGGCUGCGAAGAGAGUGCGGAAUGCGACGCCGCCGCCCCCUAUCGCGACCCGGUGUGGGAGUCAGCGAUCUCGGGAGCCAGUGCGGGGAGCACACGUGGCGGGGCUGCGGCGCACAAGAAGGCCAAGAGAAUCGGCACCGCCACGGGAGCUUCCGCGAAACCCUUAAACCCCGGCGAUCAGCGCGCGGCGGUCGCGGGGUGUCUGGAGACGGUCCGCGCGCUACAGAGCCCGGGGCAGGUGGCGGACGGCGAUCUGCUGAAGAAACUGGUGGAGGGUUUAAGGGAGGUUUUGGCGCGGGUCAUGGAGCGCUGGCAGACUGCGGCGUCGUUCGAUGUGGUGAGAAAGGCGGCGAAGGCGUUUGAGGCGGGCGGGGCACUCGACCGGACACUCUUGGGGGAGCUGCAGGCGGCACUGGAGAGGAUCGAGCAGUCUUUGGGGUCGCCGUAA